AUGCAAUAUACCUACAGGUCAAGCAAUGCACCUACAGUCCACACAAUACACCUGCAGGCCACGCAAUACACCAUCAGUGCACGUAAUACACCUACAGGCCACGCAAUGCACCUGCAGGUCACGCAAUACACCAAGAAACCACGUAAUACACCAACAGUGCACGUAAUACCCCUACAGGCCAAGCAAUGCACCCACAGGCCAUGCAAUAUACCUACAGGCCAAGCAAUGCACCUACAGUCCACGCAAUACACCUACAGGCCACACAAUACACUAACAGACCACGCAAUACAGCAACAAUGCAUGUAAUACACCUACAGGCCACGCAAUAUACCAACAGACCACGCAAUACACCAACAGUGCAUGCAAUACACCUACAGUGCAUGCAAUACACCUACAGGCCACACAUUACACCUACAGACCACGCAAUACACCUACAGUGCAUGCAAUACACCAACAGACCACGCAAUACACUAACAGACCACGCAAUACACCAACAGUGCACCUAAUACCCCUACAGGCCACGCGAUACACCAACAGACCACACAAUACACCAACAGUGCAUGUAAUACACCUACAGUGCAUGCAAUACACAUACAGGCCACACAUUACACCAACAGACCACACAAUACACCAACAGUGCAUGUAAUACACCUACAGGCCACACAAUACACCAACAGUGCACGUAAUACACCUACAGGCCACGCAAUACACCAACAGACCACACAAUACACCAACAGUGCACCUAAUGCGCCUACAGGCCACACGGUACACCAACAGACCACCCAAUACACCAACAGUGCAUGCAAUACACCUACAGACCACACAAUACACCAACAGUGCACGUAAUACACCUACAGGCCACACAAUACACCAACAGUGCAUGUAAUACACCUACAGGCCACACAAUACACCAACAGUGCACCUAAUACACCUACAGGCCACGCGAUACACCAACAGACCACGCAAUACACCAACAGUGCAUGUAAUACACCAACAGACCACGCAAUACACCAACAGACCACGCAAUACACCAACAGUGCACCUAAUACACCUACAGGCCACGCGAUACACCAACAGACCACACAAUACACCAACAGUGCAUGUAAUACACCUACAGUGCAUGCAAUACACAUACAGGCCACACAUUACACCAACAGAUCACACAAUACACCAACAGUGCAUGUAAUACACCUACAGGCCACACAAUACACCAACAGUGCACCUAAUGCGCCUACAGGCCACGCGGUACACCAACAGACCACGCAAUACACCAACAGUGCAUGUAAUACACCAACAGACCACGCAAUACACCAACAGUGCACCUAA